GGCAUAAUUAAAGAAUAAAAAUCUAGAGAGAGUUGAAAAAAAACAAGCUAGUGUGCUGUUCGGGAAAAAUUAAAGACUUAAAUACAAUUGGGAAGUUCCAAUGAUUGCCAGGUUUAUCUAGAAGACAGAUUUGAUAUCCCUGAGGUGGCUUCCAGAGAAAAAAGGCAACAGGACUCACUAAAACGAAAUUGUCAUCUACCCAGCAAAAACAGUGGUGAUUUAUUUUUUGGAAAUCGAACUCCUGUUGGCGAAGCUUCUUGGUACAUCACUUAUUGCAAUAGCUUCGCUGUGUAUUUCUCGGAUUGGACUGAUGACUUUGAGUGUUUGGGCUUAUUCUGCAUAUGUUCAAUGCUAGUUGGUUUGAUGGCAGAUAGUUCUAAUGAAAUCGAGCGAUUCACCGAUUCACGACACCGCCAUUCAAUAUGAAUCGGAAAUCAGCUUCACAGCCAGCAAAGACAGGUGUGAAGGACAUGGGCGAGAAGGAACGAAGCCAUCUGAUGACAACCGACCCCCACGAUUCUUCGCCCGAUUCGCAGAAAACUAAACGCUCGCUAAAUAACUCGGACCGUCGAACAUUGCUCUACAACUACUACGCCCGCGGAUUGGCCCCGAUGUACAACAAGCGUAAUUUCGACGAGAUUGACCGGUACUCCAAGUUCAGCGGUAAACGCAAUUUCGAGCUGGCAGAUCACACCGCCGAAAUGGGACUCGUCAAGCGGAACUUUGACGAAAUCGAUCGUUGGGCUGGAUUCAACUCUCGGCUAAAUCACGACCGAAAUAUGAUCGACUAUGUGAAGCGCAACUUCGAUGAGAUCGAUCGGUACGGCAAGUUCAACAAACGUCCCUUCCACGAGGUAGAAGACUUUGGUGGCUAUGGUAGCAGUUUGUCGGAUGAGAUGGGUAUCAUCAAUGAGUACUCUCAGUAGAAUGAUCGGAAGAUGGAUGACCAAUGAUCGAAGUAUUACAAUGAAAUACAGAACACUUUGUAUGAAUCCAAAAAUGGAACAAUCCUGUCCAAAACAAAGUCCAGUUGUAAGAAAUAUUUGAAAGGAGAGAAGUUAAAGCAACCAGUGUCGAUCGCAAUAAAUGAAACAAAAUAGAUAUAAAUUUGAAAGGUUUAAUUUCGAAACCGAAAAUCGUUGUGAAUCGAGGAAUGAUUACAAAGAAUUUAGCAUGGUCCCUAAAAAAAUGCGAUGUAACAAUUGUUUCAAAAUAGAAUGUCAGCGUUCCUGGAAAUAUUGUGAGAGUUUGAUACCAAAUCGACAGAAGAAAUUUGACAUUAAAAAAAAUAAUUACAAUGGAAACCUUUUAUCGUUACAAUAAUUAUAAUAAUCCUCGGAUGAAUCCAAACAUUUACGGUGAAAUAUAUAUUGUUCAACCAUAAACACUGCAAAUAAACAAAAAUUGUUA